GUCGACACGCGUGUCGGACACGGACACGCGUGGGACACGGGGGGAUACGUCUUGGACACGCGAAAAUCCGUGUCCGUUUUUUUUUUGAAUUUCUUCUGUACGGACACGGGUCGUGUCUCACCCAGACACGGUCCGUUUUGUGAUGGACACGCAAUUACGGCUUUACAAGCCCAACUUCCUCCAUUCUCUCUGACUCUCUCACAUUCUCAAUUCCUCCAUUCACAAUUCACAAACCUACUGCCUUACUCAAGCUCCCUGAGUCCCAGACCGUCAGCCACUCACCGUCGCGCCGAUAACCGCCGUCGCUUCACCUGCUGCUGCUGGUCCAGACCGUCACUCAGUUCACCGUCGCUUCGUCGCCUACAGCCUACUCUCACAGAGACACAGACUUCACUCGCCGCUUGUUGUUUGUCCUCAGCCACCACCCCAGUGUCGCCAGCCACCAGUCCACCAGACCACCACCAGGUUUCAGGCUGUCGUUGUUCGUCCUCAGCCACCAGUCCACCACCCAGUACCGUCCGUCGCCACUCGCCAGCCACCAGUCCACCACCAGGUAAGGGUUAUGUGACUUCUGUCUUCUGUACUUUGUUUUCUGAAAUUCAAUUGCUGAAUGCUGAUGUUAAUUGUGAGGUGGAGCCGUGGAGGCAGUAUCACUGUAAUUCGCAAUUGUUAAUUGUUAAAUGUGAUGUUAAUUGUUAAUUGUGAUGUUAAUUGUGAGAUGGGUUCAGCUGUCAAAUUGUAUUGUGCCCUGGUUGCUGAAAUUGUAUUGUAUUGUUGACUCGCUGACUUGCUGGUUGCUGAAAUUGUAUUGCUGAGUUGCUGACUUGCUGGUUGCUGAAAUUGUAUUGCUGACUUGCUGGUUGCUGAAAUUGUAUUGUUGUGUUGCUCACUUUGCUGUGUUGUCUUGCUGAAAUGUGCUGUUGUGUUGCUGAAAUUGUCAGGAAUGUCUUCUAGUUCCUCUGCUUCAUGCAAUGUCAGUGGUAGUAGUAAUUCAUCUGAGUCAAUGAAAGACCUCUACCCUUUGUGGAAGUUUGUUGUUAAGGGUGAUAAAAUAUCGGGUGGUGGAGGAAAUUAUAAUUGGAAAUGUAACUUUUGCGGCGAAGUUAAAAAUGGUUCAUACACUAGAGUGAAAGCUCAUUUGCUAGGUGAACAAGGGAAAGGGAUUCAAACUUGUAAUAAAGUGAAAAUUGAUGACCUUGCUAAACUAAGAUCGCUUCAUCGUGAAUCCGAGGAUUAUAAAAAAUCUUUGUUACCAAAAGUUCCACCUUUUUCAAAUGAACCCAUAUCUUCUCACACAUCAACUGAAGCUACAUCAAUGAGACUAGGUUCAUUUGAUAAUGUAAAGAAGAGGAAAUCAAAAAAUACAAUUUCCGAUGCUUUUAAUGUGAAAUCUCGUGACCACUUGGAUUCUGAAAUUGCUAGAAUGUUUUACACAGGGGGGUUGCCUUUUAAUCUUGCUAGAAACCCUUACUAUGUUAGUUCAUAUACAAUGGCUGCCAAUUCUAAUCUCUCUGGUGAUGGUGAAGAAUGAAACUAUUAGUACUUUUGUUUAUUUUAUUUAUGAUUUGUAAAACUAUUAUUAAGACAUGUAUUUGGUUUGAUGGUUUCUUGAUAUGUAUGAGACUACGUUCGUACACUUUGUUUAUUUACUUGUUUUAACAAAAUUGUGUGUUUUGAGGCUAAUUAUUUAGUGUUUUAUUGAAUAGGUUGUCAAAUUCUCGUUUUUUUGAUAUAUUAUAUGCCUUGUUAUAUGCCGUACCCGUGUCCCCUAUUUCAGGAUUGCCGUUUUCCCGUGUCCGUAUCGUGUCCGUGUCCGUGUCGGUAUCCGUGCAACAUAGCUUACUAUGUAUUAUAAUAGGCAUUUUUUUUUUUUUUUUUUUUUUUUUUGGAUAAAUCAAUAAUUUCAGACUACUAUCACGCUAUCUGCUAGCUAAAAUAUUCAAUACAAACAAUUAACACUAUUAAUAUACUGUUUAGUCAUCAAAUGAUCGAGCAAAUAUACAACAGACUAACAAUCAACAAG